UUUGGCAUUCCUCCCUGGGCGGCUUCACGCAACGAGGUUGCUCCACCAAUAAGACCCCGGCUAUCCGCUCGAGCACUCCCGGCUCGCCGGCCUCCGCAGUCUCGCGCGGGAACACCACGCCGGGAUGCCAUCAGCACCGGGGGCCUGCCGUCGCGCGAGUGGACCCAGGGCGUGUCGGCGGGGUCGACGAGGGCGCCCCUGCAGAUGAGCCGCAGGCGCCGGCGGUCCUCCUCGCCGAGGCCGAACAGCCAGCCGACAAAGCCGUGCAGCGUCUGGCCCUCGGGCAGCCGGAGGCCCGUGAGGUGGACGCCGUGGUAGCGCACGGCAAACACCGCUGGGCCAGAGGCGUCGCCUUCCCGCCAGGGUGCGAAUCGCCCCGCGGCAGUUCGGGCACGCGGCGCCGCGGCCCAAGGCGGAGGCCGCCAGCAGCUUGGAGAUGCACUGGCCCGUGCAGAAGCGGUGGCCGCAGCCCGUCGUGAGCGCCUCGCCGCUCGCCUGCAGGCAGAUCGUGCAGUGCUCCGCGGCGCCCUCCGCGGCAACGCCCGCGCUCGCCAUCUCGGGCGGCGCCGUGGAGGGAGGGGGGCUCGGGAGGAGGAGCGGGCCCAGGGGGAGCCGAGGCGUAGGAUGAGACUGAGACCACGCGCGGGGCAAGGCAACGCGCCGAUGUCCGCCCCGCGGGGGGGAAGGCGGCCCGCGCGGGAGCGCCGCGGCUCGGACUCGGACGCCGCGGGAGCACAGCUGCUUCGGGGCUGCGAGGGGCAGCCGCGGAGCUGCCCGUGCGCAGCCCGAACGGGGACGCGAGGGGAGGAGGGGAGCAGGGACCGACGAUUCCGGCAUUCCUAUAGUCC